AUGGAGUAUUAUGACCCCCACACAAACAAAUGGAACAUGUGUGCUCCAAUGUGUAAAAGGAGAGGAGGCGUUGGGGUGGCUACUUGUGACGGUUUCCUCUAUGCAGUCGGAGGCCAUGAUGCUCCUGCCUCUAACCACUGCUCCAGACUGCUGGACUAUGUUGAAAGGUACCCAUUCUGUAUGUGUUUUUAAGUAGUGAUUCUGAAUGCAAACUUGACUGUUCCCCUCCUCCCUUAAACAUCCUUAGAUCUAUAAAUAUGUAUUCCGUUGUCUUAUUGCUUGAAUUUAUUAAAAUAAACUCUUAAAAGAACAGCUACAGGUUAACUGCAAUAAGAAAAACAAUAUAUAAAGCUGAACAUUGUUCUGAAAUUAGUUAUUCCCAAGUACAAUAAAAACAACCCAUUUUUAAGCAAAGCUAUCAAUAUUCUUUCCUCCUUAGCUCUCCCCUGUUAAUUUCAUCAUUGGAAAUAUUUCUAAAAUGUGUUUAUGCCGAUCAAUAAAUGACAGAGAUGUAACACUUUCGCAGAAUAAUUUGUGCUAUAUACUUCCAGUUAAAAAUGGCUUGUCAGCUCUUUGUUCUUCUCUUUCAGAAUUGAUUUGAAACUUCCUUGUAAUUAGACCAUUGCUCUACCUGUUACGCUAACCCCAUUCUCUGACAUCUGGGGCAUAAUAAUAAUAAUAUUAGUAAACAUAAACUUUUAUUUGUAUCCCGCCCUCCCAGGCCAAGACUGGGCUCAGGGCGGCUGACAUCAAAUAUAUAACGUUGGUAUAAAAUCAAACAAUAAUUAAAUUACCUCCUAAAAACAAGUCAGGAUCAAAUUAAAAUCUAAUUAGAUGGCUUUCCGCAGGAUUAGGGUUGGGAACUGUAAAUGUUCAUCAGGCCCAACUGUUUACGCUGUCCUUAUAUGGGUCUGUGAGAAUGCUGGGAGGCCUCUUUCAUACUAGUUCUUAUACAAAAAUAUAAGGGGAGUCAGGCUGACCAAAGGUGUGGCGGAACAUCUCCGUCUUGCAGGCCCUGCGGAAAGAUGUCAAAUCCCGCAGGGCCCUGAUCUCUUGUGGCAGAGCGUUCCACCAGGCCAGUCAAGGCCAGCCUAAUCUCCCUGGGGCCUGGGAUCUCCAAGCUGUUAUUAUUUGCAGACCGUAAGGUCCUCCGUGGGGCAUACCAGGAGAGGUGGUCCCGUAGGUACAAGGGUCCUAAGCCGUAUAGGGCUUUAAAGGUUAAAACCAGCACCUUAAACCUGAUCCUGUACUCCACCGGGAGCCAGUGCAGCUGGUAUAGCACUGGAUGUGAUCCCGCGGCAAAGACCCCGUAAGGAGUCUCACCGCGGCAUUCUGCACCCGCUGGAGGGUCUGGGUCAGCUUCAAGGGCAGCCCCACGUGGAGUGAGUUACAAUAAUCAAGCCUGGAGGUGACUGUCACAUGGAUCGCAGUGGCGAGAUCAGGACCAGAGAGGCAUAGCUGUGGUCUGCAGAGUGGAGGAGCACUUUUAGCUCUGCCCCAAUACUUGAGUCCUUCCAGCAAUAAAUUGUGUGUUGCGGAAUAAUUCCAAUAUGCAAGAACCUGAUUUACCUUAUGUUAAAGGAAAGACUGUUUCGGCAAGGUGAUCCAGACAUGUAGAGGUUACAUGUAUUUAAGGCAGCAGAAAGGAUGCCGUAAUUCAAACACUAUUAUAAAGGCUUGUUUCCCCUCUGCUAGGCUUAGGCCAACUCAGUGAGAGUGAGGUUUGUUCUGGCAUAGCUUUACACCAGCUUAAAUUACAUUUGUUUUCCUUUAUUCCAGCUUCUUUCGUAUAAAUUGUUCCCCAGACUUGUUAUCAGAUGACUUGUUUAUUUAUCUUAUCUUACCUUACCCCUUCAAAAAGCAAGCACAGUUUUUGUUUUAAAAAGCAGUGUGUUACAAAUAGUUAAAUAUUCCAUUAAAUUAAGACUAAAGGGGGCAUCGACCUCAAGACCAUUGCAGUGCUGCGGCUGAUGGACAUAUUACAAUCAGUAUCAGCAAGUGUGUGUUUUUAUUUUCACACGCCUGAGGGAAAUAAACCUUAAUAGGGUGCUUUUUGCAGGGCUGUCAUUUUCAACCACAAAGAAAUCAAGGUGAAAACCUACAAAAAGAAAAUACAGUCCAAACAAGAAUGCCACCUCCUUUUUUUACCAUCCUUUUGUUUUUUCUAAUAUGCAAGUAGCAAGGGACUAAUAAAAUACUUGGAAUUCCCCAAAACAGAACGUGAAAGAUACUAGGGUAGUAGUUCAAAUGUUGCCUUCUUUUUUGCAAUGCUGUUUCUUCUGCUAAAGAAAUGGCUGCAUGCUUCAUCUCUGUAAUAACUUGAUGUGCCCCAGGGUGAAGCAGGAGAUAUCAUAAAGUUCCUGAAUACAAAAAGAAAUCAAUUUGAACGACCAAGCUGAAGGCAAGGAGAAAGGUUUUUGAGCUUUCCACUUGUUAAAAGCCCUUACAAUCCCCAGCAUCAUCUAUAGUGAAAUAAUUGUUAUGAAAGUCUAAUAAAGUAACUUCUCAUUAAUAUUAAUUGGAAAUUGGAAAAUAUUGAGAGCUUUUAUUACAGUGCUAAUCGUAAAAAUGCCUAACGUUCCACAUACAGAAUGUUUUAACAAAUGAAGUAACAAAAGAAAUGCUUUUAAGUGCUUUCACAGGAAACAAUGGCACCCAAUUAAAUCCUAAUGGAGAAUUAAAAGUAGAAGCUAUUUUUACAAUCAGUAUUUAAUAUAAGCUGACAAUAGUUGAAUAUCUUUUAGGAGAUAAAUCUUACUAAAUAAUUAUUUAACCCACUGGAGAUGCUCACAUUCUGUGCUACUUGAUGUUUGCAUACUUCAUACAUUUUUUUAAUGUCCUAAAAUGUAUCUAUGAACCAGUUCAUAUUGAUGGGAAGCAUACAGCAAAUUCAAUAUGAUUGAUAGCCAAUUGUGAAGUGAAGUGGGCAUUUAAUCACUCUAUUCCUUACCCAAAAUGGUUUGGAACUCAAGAUUCAGUGAUUGUAAAUGUUACCUCACCAGCAGAAUCAACUUGCAGAAUUCAGCCAUACAAGAUGUGCACAAGCUUAGAUGGCUUAUUAAAAGAAUUAGAUAAAUUCAUAAUGGAUAUUCUCAUAAAUGGUAAGCCACAAUAGUGAAAUGGAACUCUGCACAGACCCAUAUACCUCUGAAUGCCAUAUUUUAGGGACAACAACAGAGGAUUGUUUUUGCAUGCCAUGCUUGCAAGAAUUUAGAAGUUUCUGAUUUUCUUCAAUUGAAAGCAGAACCAUGGGCUAUCAGACCCAAAUUGUCUGAUCCAACAAGGAAAUUGCUAUAUUCAUAGCUAAAAUCUCAGAGAUGCAUGAUGCAAUUCGGUUUCUUAACAUAACUGUAACCAGAUUGGGCCAAUACCUGAUUAUCUAGGCUGAACUGAGCUUCCCUGGGGAAAUGUGGAAUGCAUUUACAAAUUUGUAUAUAUCAGCCAUCCUGAUAUUUAUAACCUACAAUACUUUGAACCCAUUGCUUGAAACCAAUUUCUGAUUACAUUAAGAUUCUAAUUAUGCAUGGCAUUUGAAUAUGCGAUAGGAUUAGGUCCAAUUGUUACCAGUCAGGCACAGAUAGACACUGUCUACUGAAACUCCUGUAGACCUUUCACCAUAUGAGUUGCAAGAGUAAACUGAAGUGGGGAUUCUGAGUUCUAAAAGCCUUUACCUAGAAUUUGGAGCUACGUACUAAGCUCUCACACCUCGCUGAGAUAUCCCUGCUUGGUGAGCCAGCAUUGCAUGUUGGAUAAUCUGGUUCUGAUGGAGCCUUUCUGUAAUGGAUAGUAGGGGAGGAGGGACUUGAUUAAACAGCGAACUAAUAGGGCUGGUUGGGACUUAAGGUGUAGUACAUAAUAACCAGUCUUAAAAGCACUUGAAUGGCCGAAAGGAACCUAGUGAAGAUACCUUUGUGAAUUCAGUAUUUCUGGCAUGACAGUGUUAGGAUUGUCCUACUCUCCUGUAGGACUGCAAACACGGAGCAGGAAUCUCAACAGACAGACCCCUCCCCCCCCUUGCUAAAGAGGUUAUUUUGGGAAGUUCAUGACAUAUGAAUGAAUGAAUAAUUCUGCUGAUGUUGAAUAUGGGCUGGAUUGCUAUACAUGUUCUUUCAUGAGAUAUACCUUCCCUUUUGUUGUGCAGGUAUGACCCCAAAACUGAUACUUGGACAAUGGUAGCUCCACUGAGCAUGCCCCGUGAUGCUGUUGGAGUGUGUAUCCUCGGUGAUAAAUUGUAUGCAGUAGGUGGAUAUGACGGGCAGACAUACCUGAACACCAUGGAGUCAUACGACCCCCAAACUAAUGAAUGGACACAGGUAGUUGUGUGGUUUUAUGUUUUGCACAGUUUUCACAGAAGGCUUGUUGGAACUAGUGGGCAGCGAGGAUCCCCGCAGCUAUGCAAUUAUAACUGCUGUUUAGCUUUCUCUGCUGUAAGAGUUCUCCGAAGAGAGAGAAACCAAUAAAAAGUUAUAUAAAAUGGCAGUAUCUUGUUAUCCAUAUAACCUUAUUUGUCAGAUCUCUCAUUGGAAUCCUUAUUGCCUUUUUUGGCUUUUGUAUUUUACAAUACUUCAGCUUGAAAAUACAUCAGGGUUUGUUACAAGUCUCUGGUGUUGGUAUUUGUGACAAGGGUGUUCCCCCCUCCCCCAGUUUUAUGUUUUGUGUACAUAAGAUAACGUUUGUUUAAAAAGUGCUUUCUAUUAACUACAAUUUAUAGUUUGUGGUUACUAUUUUCCAAAGUUGUUGUUGCACUGAACCGGUAUUUCAGUUUUAUACCAUGAACCAAUCCAUGUUUACUUUGAAGGAAGCCCCGUUGAUUAGAGUGGGACACCUUCCAAGUAAGUAUGUUUGGCAGUUCUUGCCCUCCAAACAUCCCAGCGAGGGAGGGCAUAAUUUCUUCCAGGAAAUUCAGUCUCGCAGACAGCAGACUGUCUGAAGCACCCCACUGAGCUUAUGCUUGGCUUAAUUGGCAUUUGAAGCUCUCCCAAGGUAGUUGUGGCAUACAUUUUGAAGCCAAGAGCCAGUGGCCUCCAAGCAAAGUACAAUAGGAAUUGGAAACAAGGGGGUGCCCUUGUUGUUGUUUCUGUUGUGUGCAUUGCUGCAUCAGGCAACAAAGCCCAUGAGUAAGGAUGCAGACUUUCAACAAAAAGUCAGAAUAAUAUCCAUCAAGUCUGUAUCAUCCUUAGAGACUUACUAUUUGGCUUGAAUUCACAGGAAGAGAAAUAUGUUCCUAUGGGAAGUGUUAGGACAUUUUUCUAUAUGGCAACUAUGAAUUCUAACAGAUUAAAAAUUGCUAGACAUUUGUGGCAAAUUCAAAAGUGCAAGCUUUUCUCUUCCUACAUGUCCCAAACCUUUAUUAGAAACUUUAUGAGUGUAGGAUUAUUUGGUAAUUACUAUUUUCAUUUCAAUACUAUUUUAUGUAUGCUUGCAGGAUGGUAUUUAAUGCCAGUUCUGCUCUGAGUAGACCCAUUGAAUUUAAUAGACAUGAUUAAGGGAGCAAUCCCAUACACAAGAAACUGGCAUAAAUUAAACCAGCAUAAAAUUGCACUAGAUCCAAACCAUGUUCAGCAGCAUGGCUGCUGCUCUCUGCCUAGGCCUGGCAGAUGGAACACAAGACUUUAAAAUAGUGUUUUGUGCUGGGUCACCAAGUCAUGUGACUAAGCUGAAUGGCCUUUGGAUCCAGGCCGUUGGAUCCAGGAAAAUCUGCCCCUCUCUAGUCCCACUCCCACCAUGCCUCUUUUCCAGGGAUUAUGCCAGUUUAAGAUCCACUGGGCUUGGCUCAGCUGGCUGGAUCCUGGCUGAGCCAGGAUGGAGGAGACGCCUCUGUCUGUGCUGUGGGUAAGGGAGUUAAAGGUAGCUCACUUAAAAGGCUUGAAUUAGAAGACUGGAGUUUAUUAAUUAUAUUUCUAACUCACGAUCUGUCCCAUCAACUUGGCUGUCCGUUUGUCCAUGCCACAAGCUUUUAAUGUGAGAAGGGGAAUCUGCUAAAACAGGGGUUGGGAACCCUGGGCCCUCCAGAUAUUGCUGAACUGAAACUCGCAUCAUCCUUUGCCAUUGACCAUAUUUGCUGGGGCUGAUGGCAGCUGUAGUUCAGCAGCAUCUGGAAGGGCAAAGUCUCCCCACCACUGUGCUAAAAAGUCUGUCUCUCUUCCAUAUGUAAAUGCUACAAAUCUGGAGCUUACAUAUUGUGAUUUAGGAUCUUAACAUGUGGAUGACAGUUUUUACUGAAUAUAAGAAGGGUGUGCCUCCGAGCUAUUCUGCCUUAGAAGAAAGGCAAGAGCACGUGGCCCAUUUGUAAAAGUGCUCUUUUGCAUUUCUUGAAAUCAAACCUCUUGCAGAUAAAUUAUACAGCAGGAAGGAAAGUAAUUCUGACCUGGAAAGUCAAUGAUUUAGCUUUUGGCUUUAUAUUUCAUCAUUCACUCUAUUCCCAAAAUCAUAGGAACAAUUUCAGUAAGUAUAAAUGUCACAAGAAUAGAAAUGUGAUACAUGAUAUGCAAUGAAUGUAAACCAAUAUCUUUCACUAUGCUCUAGAGAAAAAAGUGGCAGUUCCAGAGUUCCACAUACAGUGGUACCUCUGGUUACAGACGCUUCAGGUUACAGACUCCACUAACCCAGAAAUAGUACCUCAGGUUAAGAACUUUGCUUCAGGAUGAGAACAGAAAUUGCGUGGCGGCAGCAGGAGGCCCCAUUAGCUAAAGUGGUACCUCAGGUUAAGAUCAGUUUCAGGUUAAGAAUGGACCUCCAGAAUGAAUUAAGUUCUUAACCCGAGGUACCACUGUAGUUGAAAUUACUACUGCUUGCUGUAGUUUUUAGACACCACAUUGCAAAGUACAUUUUUUACUUGUGUCUUCAUUUUAUUUGUCAAUUUGUUUUUAACGUGCCUAACUGUAGAGAACAUUAAAACAUUGCUUAUAAAUUUAAUGAAAACACAUACAAAUAAAACUUAUUUCUUUUUAUAUAUUUUUCAAGAAGCCAGCAAAAGAAUUCUCUUGAUCUGAAUUGAAGUCAAUUCCCCCCCUCUUGCAAUUCUCUUAGUAAGAGCCAUCCCUUAAGCAAAACAGUUCCAAAUUUUCAGGAGAUCUUCCCAGAAGACUUUUCAAUAGAGGGAGAAUCAACCUUUUCCUAUACCCUUACAAUACAGAGAAACAUGAUCAGCAGAGUCUAUAUUGCUUGAGCUACUCACAAACACAUGUUCAUUAACCAGGAUCUUUUUAAAUCAUCUACUUACCAGUGCAGAAGGCAGCACAUUAAAACAAGCAAGCAUGAAUGCUGUGGAAUACUUGGAGACAGUUAAUGUAUACAUGUAUGAAGCUGUAACAGUUCCAUAAUUUAAAAGGUUAUUAAUGAGUAACGGAGAACAGGAUUUGUUAGCUGCAGUUUGCAGAUACUGUAGAUCUUUAUGUCCCUCAUAGCAGUUGUGGAGGCGAGGCACUAGGCCAGGGUCUUCAACUCCAGCUCAUAACUCCACCACUAAUGCAAUCCUUCCAUGCAUAACAAGCAGGAUGCAGCAAUAUUAGGUUUCCUGUAUAAUGUGUUGCUGAAUUACCAGUUGCUUCUUUCGACACCUCAGAAGUACAUGCCAUAAAACUGCAGCCUUUCACUCCCAAAUGUAAACUCUGAAGCUGAUAUUUGUUUCUCCUCUGCAGAUGGCAUCUCUGAACAUCGGAAGAGCUGGGGCCUGCGUUGUAGUCAUAAAGCAGCCAUGA